GGGAUAGGAGAGACUCAUGCACGCGCCCCACUCGCUGCGGGUGUGCGAGCAGCGCGCUCCCGCCGCCCGCGUCGCCAUCUUUUCCCCCUCCGUCUGUCUGUCUGCCGUUGGCUUUGUCCGUCUGCAGCGCCGCCCCUGGGCUCCCCGCCACCAGCUCGGCCCGGAGCUGCCCUCUGCCCGCCGGGGCCCAGUCCCGGAGAGCCCCGGCCCGGCCGGCCCGAGCUGCGGCCCAGGGCCCAUUGUCCGGCGGUCCGUCUGUCCGGAGGCGGGGCCCAGGGACCCGGAGCGCCGCGGAGCGCCGAGGCGCCGGGAAGCCAGAGGGACCGUCUCGGCUGGUUAUACACACGCUCCAGACCGAGCAGAAGUGGGAACAGGGUGACCUGUGAGGCGGCUACGUGACCAGCUUGCUUGUCCUCUCCUUUUUGGCAGAUACAGAUACCUGGGAUUCAGGCGAGUUUACUUUGCUCCGUGGGAACUGCACCAGAGCUGGAGGUCAGCACCUUGCAAGGAGGUAGUAACAUCCAGUCGUGAAACUGGGAAAAGCCAGAGCUCUUGGAUCAGGGAAACAUGUCCCGUCGGAAACAGACAAAUCCAAAUAAAGUUCACUGGGAUCAAGUAUUUGCUGGGCUAGAAGAGCAAGCCCGCCAGGCGAUGAUGAAAACUGAUUUUCCUGGAGACCUUGGCAGUCAGCGACAAGCUAUCCAACAACUAAGAGAUCAGGACUCCAGUAGCAGUGACAGUGAGGGUGAUGAAGAGGAGACCACACAAGAUGAAGUCUCUUCCCACACAUCAGAGGAAGACGGAGGGGUGGUCAAAGUGGAAAAAGAGUUAGAAAAUGCAGAACAGCCUGUUGGUGGGAACAGUGUGGUAGAGCAUGAGGUCACGGAGAAUUUGAAUUCUGACCCCUUACUUGGACUCUGCCAGUGUCCCCUCUGCCAGCUAGACUGUGGGAGUCGGGGGCAGCUGAUUGCGCAUGUGUACCAGCACACUGCAGCAGUGGUGAGCGCCAAGAGCUACAUGUGUCCUGUCUGUGGCCGGGCCCUUAGCUCCCCCGGGUCAUUGGGUCGCCACCUCUUAAUCCACUCGGAGGACCAGCGGUCUAACUGUGCUGUGUGUGGAGCCCGUUUUACUAGCCAUGCCACGUUUAACAGUGAGAAACUUCCUGAAGUCCUUAAUAUGGAAUCCCUACCGCCAGCCCACAGUGAGGGCCCCUCUAGUGCUGAGGGGAAGGACGUUGCCUUUAGUCCUCCAGUGUACCCUGCUGGAAUUCUGCUUGUGUGCAACAACUGUGCUGCCUACCGGAAACUGCUAGAAGCCCAGACCCCCAGUGUACGCAAGUGGGCCCUGCGUCGACAGAACGAGCCUUUGGAAGUCCGGCUGCAGCGGCUGGAACGAGAGCGCACAGCCAAGAAGAGCCGGCGGGACAAUGAGACCCCCGAGGAGCGGGAGGUAAGGCGCAUGAGGGACCGAGAAGCCAAGCGCCUGCAGCGCAUGCAGGAGACAGACGAGCAGCGGGCACGCCGGCUGCAGCGAGAUCGGGAGGCCAUGAGGCUGAAGCGGGCCAAUGAAACCCCGGAGAAGCGGCAGGCCCGGCUCAUCCGGGAGCGGGAGGCCAAGCGGCUCAAGAGGAGGCUGGAGAAAAUGGACAUGAUGUUGCGAGCUCAGUUUGGCCAGGACCCUUCUGCCAUGGCAGCCUUAGCAGCCGAAAUGAACUUCUUCCAGCUACCUGUGAGUGGGGUGGAGUUGGACAGCCAGCUCCUGGGCAAGAUGGCCUUUGAAGAGCAGAACAGCAGCUCUCUGCACUGAACCACACCCUCCUGCCUGCCUUCCCACUCAGCCGUCCCCAGGGUCCUGUCCUUGCUGCCGGAGGCAGGCCCGAGUUUGUUGCAGGUGGACCUGUGUACCCCUCACAUAUGGGAGCAGGAAUGAUGGGGUCAGGAGGGACCCAGCUCAAGGCAGCUCUGGAUGAGGGAGGAGGCACUCCAGACACCUCAACUCCCCAGCCCACUGCUGCAGGGCAUGCGCAUAGGACUCUGGGGCCCCAGUGUGGCCCACGCCCACCCCACGGAGUUGUGAGGGCA